CACGUGACAAAAGGUUUGAAGUUUAUGCCGGAAGCAAGAUGGCGAACGACACGACAGACACGCCGCCUGACUCGGUACAGUGUCCAGUUUGUUUUAAAGACUUCAACUCUGAUUCUAUUAACGGUCACCUCGACGAGUGUCUGCUAAAGGGCGACACUGCCCGCUGUUUGUUGCCGGACGGCGGCGGGCCGCCUGGGAAGAAGUUUUGUUCCGAAGCACCGCCUCAUUUCCCGGACUGUGGCGACCAUCAAACAGCGCCCUCCACCUCUUUGGGGGUAUUCUCAAUGUUUCACGGAAACAAGAAAAAGGUGUCGCUUCAAAAUGACACGGACGCUUCUUUUACCAACAAACACGCGGGUGGAAACAAGGGAGUUAAGCGGAGUUUGCCGGCCGAACCUGAAACUGUAUGUUUGGGAACCCGGAAGAAGAAUGACGGACAAACAUUGAAUGCAGCACAGACUUUAAGCCUACGGACGCUGAUGACGUCAAACAAGCCACUGGCGGCGUUGCUCAGGCCAAACACGUUGGAAGAAUACUUUGGUCAAAGUAAAGUUGUGGGCCAAGAGACGCUCAUGCGGUUUGUGUUGGACUCUCAGGAAAUACCCUCGCUCAUCCUCUGGGGACCACCGGGAUGCGGAAAGACCACUCUGGCUCACAUCAUAGCCAGCACCAGUAAGAAGAAGGGCACGGCUAGGUUUGUCACGCUCUCCGCCACCAGCUCGUCCACCGCAGAAGUGCGAGAAGUCAUCAAGCAGGCUGAGAACGAACUGCGCCUGUGCAAGAGGAGGACCAUCCUGUUUGUUGACGAAAUUCAUCGCUUCAACAAAUCCCAGCAGGACACUUUCCUUCCUCACGUGGAAUGCGGAACCGUCACUCUGAUCGGUGCCACCACGGAGAACCCGUCCUUCCAGGUGAACUCCGCUCUGCUGAGCAGGUGCAGGGUGCUUGUUCUCGAGAAGCUCUCUGUCGAGGCGAUGGGCUCGAUCCUGGAGAGGGCUGUAGCCGCCCUCGGGAUUCGAGUGCUGGAACAGGAACAAUCCAAUCCCAAACACACAGACCCAACGGAUGAAAACAAGCCAAAGGUUUUCAUCGAGCAAAAAGCUAUGGACACUAUCGCUUACCUUUGCGACGGUGAUGCCCGAGCAGGGCUCAACAGUCUGCAGCUGGCCGUUCAGGCUCAGGGCGGCUGGAACCGAGCGAGUCCUUUCGGACCAGACGAUUCACCGAAGGAAAUAGUUGUGAAGGAGAAACAUGUCAAGGAGGGCCUCCAGAGGUCUCAUGUUCUCUACGACAAAGCCGGCGAGGAGCAUUACAACUGUAUCUCAGCUUUGCAUAAGUCCAUGCGAGGCUCCCAUGAAAACGCCGCCCUCUACUGGCUGGGGCGUAUGCUGGAAGGUGGUGAGGAUCCACUCUAUGUGGCUCGCAGGCUGAUCAGCUUUGCCAGCGAAGACGUGGGUAUGGCGGAUCCCCUCGCUCUUUCUCAAGCUGUAUCUACCUUUCAGGCCUGUCACUUCAUUGGGAUGCCUCAGUGUGAGGUCAAUCUUGCACAGUGCGUGGUCUACCUUUCACGAGCGCCCAAAUCCAUGGAGGUCCACAUGGCCUACAAUAACGUAAAGGCUUGUCUGAGGAACCACAAAGGCCCCAUGCCUCCCGUCCCGCUUCACCUGCGCAACGCAUCCUCCCGCCUCAUGAAGCAGCUUGGCUAUGGCAAAGGUUACAUAUACGAUUCCAAUGUGGAGCAGGAAUUCUUGCCCGAAGAGCUCCGGGGGAUCAAUUUCUUCACCCGGACAAACUCAUCGCUGUGACUACCAUGGGAGAUUAGGAAGGGACAUGUGAGUGGAAUGAUUUAAAGUCACUCGCCCAGUAAGGUAAAGCAAGACUUAACAUUACUAUCCAAGUUAAAGGGAAAUUGCACUUUUUUGGAAUUUUGCCUAUCAUUCACAAUACUUAUGUUAGACAAGCACGCAUGAUCUAUUCCACAUAUAAAUCGCUCUACAAAACAUCCAAAAACCUCAGUUUUAUAUACAUGCUGUAAGUAUAUAUGUAAUGUAGUAACAUGCACAGUCAUAAUAACAUGUAAUAAGUAUGAAUUUUGGUCAUUUUAAGCAUUAUGACAGCGCAUUGAUUUCACAGACCCAUCAAUACAUUCCCUUUUCCUUUCAUUAAAAUACGAUUGUUAAUCAUGGCAGACUUCAUGAGAGACGACGACAACUACUUUGGGACAAAUGAUGAGUCAGAACUUUAUAUUUGUGAGCCUGAAUAUAAGGAUGAUGAGCUACAACUUUUAGUAGCUGAGUGAUGAGCAGAUCCAGCAAGUAGCACUAUUGCUAAAAGCUGAACAAGAAAUACAAACUUCAAAGAUAACAAAACAAUCAUUUACUCUACAAUGUCUGCUCUCAAGAUUAGUUUUUGCCAUUUAAGACAAUGAAUUCAGCAUGAACUUUAAAAAAAGGUGGGCUCAAACAAGUCUUUUUGUGUCUUCCUAGCGAUGUCUCCCAGGCUAAUCAAAGUUGAUCAAUGGCCACAGCCUUCCACUAUACGAGUGCGAGGCAUGAAGUAUAAUCUAGUACAAACUUUUAUCAACUCAGAGGCAAUGCAGCAGCUCACAGGCUUAGUAUGUCAUUAGCUGCAGUAGCUCGUUACCUGUCUGUGAUUAAGGUGCCGCCAAAAGUAGUUCCUCUGAGUUAGCUCCUGUAACAACAAUGUCGCUAAUAUGCAGGUCACAACAUGUAAAUGGAGUAUUGUUUGCGGUGUUUUUAGAGAGCUUUAUGGGCGAAAUGGAUAACUCCCAUUAGCUAUGUUGUUAGCCAUGUAGUAUGAGCUGAAUAUUAUAAAUUAGAAUACAUACAAAAGAGAAAAACGUGUCACAUAGGGAUUGUGAAUGAUAGGCAAAAUUCCAAAGAAAGUGCAGUUCCCCUUUAAGUCAUCUUCAACUUAUACCCGUCUUUAGUUUAUUAGUCCUAAUGUUGAUUGCCAUCCAUCCAUUUUCUACCGCUUGUCCCUUUUUGGGGUUGCGGGGGGUGCUGGAGCCUAUCUCAGCUGAUUGUUCAGAUUUAAAUGCCCAGUCUUGUAUAAUAUCUAUCAAAUACAUAAACUGCAACUUUAUAGCAAUGUAUUUUUCGGUCUAAUCAGUACUGUACAGUUUUGUGACACGUCGCCAUGUGGCUUUUUCUUCAUAUUGCAAGUUUAUAAAUAAAUAUUGA